AUGCUAAGAGACUAUAUAACGAUAUAUCUUAACGACGUCUUAGUAUACUUAAACAAAAGUCGAAAGGACUAUAUAAAGAAGGUAUAUAAGAAAUAUAUAUUUGUAGUAAAGGAAAUUAAAUAUCUAAGGUAUAUUAUAGAGGUAAAGGUCUAUAUCUACCUUAACCCUAAGAAGAUUAAAGCUAUUUGUAAAUAG